GACGAUACUGCUUGACUUGAGCAAAGCAGAACGAGAAUGAGCGAAUUUACCUGAAAUACUUAUUUUAGCGUAACCAUUGUUCAUCUAUCCACGUGUGACUAUCAACUACGGUCAUGAAAGGAAGGUCUGUCCUCCUUCUCACAUGUGUCCUUGGUGAGUUCUUUGGCUUAGCCAUCUUCCUCAAAGGAUUCUUCCCCUUGAAGGCUGCUAUUCCUGGACAUGCAACUUUCAAGAACCUCCCCAGUGAACCAUCAGCUGCAAGCAACAGCUGGAAGCGUAAGGACUAUGACAGCGAGAGCUUCGGAGAGGACUUCCUCCAGGCUGCUGUGGACUUGAACGAAGAUGGAGGGAAUAUGAAUGUUGAGGUGGCGCCUCCGAUCAGUCCCUCAUUUGGCAAAGUGGUGAUAAUGCUCAUCGAUGGGUUGAGAUCUGAUUUUGUCCUGGGAGAGAGAGGUCCGGAUUUGAUGCCGUUCACCAGAGAGUUGAUUGAUAGAGGAGAGACAAAGAGUUUCGUCGCCAAGGCCCAUGUUCCAACUGUGACCAUGCCCAGGAUAAAGGGUCUAACAACUGGAACUGUACCUGGGUUCAUUGACUUCGUGAUCAAUCUGGAUUCCAAGGCUCUACAGGAGGACAAUAUCAUCCUUCAGAUGUACCUAAGUCAGAAGAGGAUCCAUCUUUAUGGUGACGACACAUGGAUGAGAAUGUUCCCGGGACACUUUCACAAGACAGACGGAACAACGUCUUUCUUUGUUACUGAUUACACUGAGGUAGACAAUAACGUGACCCGCAAUGUGGAGCCUGCCCUCAAGAGUUCAGAUUGGGAUACUAUCAUCCUUCACUACCUUGGUCUGGAUCACAUUGGUCAUCUGGGUGGACCUUACAGUCCUCUGGUCAAACCAAAGCUACGAGAGAUGGACAACAUCCUCAAGAUGAUCCAUCAAACCUUGCUCAAGCAGGAUGUUGAUAAUUCCUUGCCCUCAUUGCUCGUCCUCUGCGGUGACCAUGGGAUGAGUGAAGCAGGUAGCCAUGGGGGAGCAUCAAAGGGGGAAGUUUUGACUCCCUUGGUCUUCAUCAGCUCAGCUUACUCUGGAGGCAAAGGUCUGCAAGUAACUGACAUAGAUGUCCAGCAGAUUGACUUAGCCCCGACCCUCUCCCUGCUCCUUGGCCAUCCCAUCCCCCAGAACAGUCUUGGUUGUGCCAUAACACAGGUCCUCAACGGCAGCCUCACCAUGCGUGAACAACUGAGGGCCCUACAGAUCAAUGGAUACCAGCUCAUGGCCGUGCAUCAGAAGAAUGCAGGCAAAAGUGAUGAAGAUGCCAGACUGAAGCUCAUGCAGGCAGUGAGACUCCACAGUAGGUGGCUGAAUACAGAGACAUCUCUCUCUUCUCAGAAUCAACUGGCCCUAGGGGAGAGAACCGUGGAGCAGUAUGUCAUUGCCCUGCAUACCAUGAGAGAUGGGAUCACCAGCUCACUGUCUCAGUAUGACAUGCAUGCUAUGGCUUCAGGGAUGCUGCUACUCUGGAUGGUCUUCUUUCUGCUUGUCCUUGAGACGGUCAGCUCCCAGGCCAAUCGACCCAGCUCUCAUCUCACAAAUGCAACGGCAGCUAUCCUCGUCUGUUGCCUGGCAACCAGUGUCUUCCAGAUCGGGAUGUGUAGUGGUCUGGGAGGAGAGAACCGAGACGUCCUCUGCUCUGGAUCCAGCACAUCUCUGGUCCUUUUCAUCCUUUUUGUACUCAUCUGUGGUUUCUGCAUGAUGGUGUUUGUGACCACACCAGUGCACGUCUAUAUCCACCUUGUGGAAACAUUUAAGAACCCUGCAUUAUCCAUCACAGAAGUAAGCCUUAUAGCAGGCAGUAUUCUCCACACCUACAGCCUUGCCUCCAGCAGUUUUGUUGAAGAAGAGCACCAGACAUGGUACUUCAACACUAUGACCCUAAUGCUUGGUGUUUGUUUGUCCUGCUGUGCAGCCUGUAACCUGAGACUAAGUUGCAUUGCCUUCCUGUGUACGUGUCUAAUGAGGGUGCUGAGAGCGUGGAAUCAGACCGGUGUGGAGUGGGUCAAUGUUCCAGAUAUAGGAGACUGGUUUGUCAGACCAGAGAAUAAAGCCUACCUAUCAACUCUGCUACCAAUGUGUCUGAUCAUCAUCUACAUCACCAUGGUCUUAGACAGGAGAAAGCAGCUACCAUUCAUGAUUGCAUCCUUCCUUGGGACAGUACUCUAUAGGAAUGCUACCGGUGCCACUGUCUUGCCCAUCACAAUCCCAGCAUCUCCAAAAGGAAUCCUUGAGGCCUGGUUCACCUACGCCACCAUCAUCGCCUCCCUCCUGGCUACAACCUUCAAGUGCUUCCGUGCCUUCCGAGCCAGUCCAUCUCCUCUCGCCCUGGACGGCCCCAGGGAAAGCGGGACUGCAUCAGCCCACCAUCAUCACCCCAGAGGGGUCCUCAACAUCAUCCUGGAAGACACCCACUCUGCAUUGCUCAUGCUCGUCACCCUUAUCCUCAGGCCUCACAACAGCGCAGUGGUUGCUAUCUUGGUGAUGCUGCAGUACUGCCUCCAUAGGCAUCUGUUGCCAUGGUUACAGUGGAAGGUGUGGGUCUUGACCGUGGUCCAUGUCUGGAUGGGGCAAGCUGCCUUUUAUGCUCAGGGUAAUUCAAACAAUGCAGCGAGUAUGGAUAUAUCAGCUGGUUACGUUGGUUUGGAUGGGUAUAAUCUUGUUUUGGCUGGAUCUCUUACAUUCAUCUCGACUUAUGCUGGCCCUUUGCUCUGGUUUACCAAGCUUGCAGACUAUCUCUCUACGCAUCAUAUACAAAGGUUUGCCAGUGCUGUUGAGGAGUCCUGCUACACGUUAGCUCUUAGCCGUGGUCUUCCCAUCGCUGCCUAUACCAUCCUUGCCACCAUUCAACGUUACCAUCUCUUCGUCUGGAGCGUAUUCUCUCCCAAGCUUCUCUACGAUGGGGUCCACACAAGUUUGAUAUGCGGUCUGAUCCUUCUGGCUUUAACUGUCGGCUGGAUCUCCGAUAAGCUAGGAGUAUCAAGGCGCUAUAAAGAGGAUCUUUAUUCCAGAUAACAUAGUCGGUCAGAAUAUUCUAUUUAUUUAUCAUUCCAAAAGAUUUAUUAAGAGUAUACCUGCUUUUUGUGUAUAUUUUGAAAGUUUAGGACGAUUCGGUGCUUGUUUUGUUUAAUUUCUUCUAAUUUUAUCGGCCUGUGCAGUCAAAUAUUUAUGAAUGCAAUCAUAGCGCAUUGAGUGAAAAAGAGCUACCGUUUUUCAAGAUUUAUGAAUGCAAUACGGAAGAUAAUGUAUGUGUAUAUUUUGCAAGUUUAGUGCAAUUUGGUGCUUGCAUUGCUUCAUUCCUUAUAUUUCAAUGACAUUCGUAGUCAGCUGUUUAUUAAUUAUUGUAUCGCGUGAAUGAGAACCCAUCAUUCUACAGAGCAUAGACUAGAAUGUCUCCUUUCUUGAUGCCCUGAUUUGUGAGUCAAUUAUGCAAUAUAUUAUGGCAAUGGAGGAAAAUUUCAGUCAUUUCUGUACCUCAAGAUAUUUGUCUAGUGAACUGAAUUUGAGGUAAAAUUUGUCAUUUGUUAUUUUGCUAGAAUUCAUAAAUUAUAUUUACUCUAAUGCCGGUUGUAAUGUUAAAAUGCCCCCCCCCCCCCCC